CCCUCCCACUGGUUCUGGAGCCCCUCCCAUCCCCACACCAGAUAAAGCCAGCCUAGAACUCCCUCAUCUGUCAGUAGGCACUGGGCUGGAAUGGGGCUGUCUGACUCCCCAUGGCAGUGGGUGCUGCUGCUGCUGGGGCUCCUGCUCCCCCCUGCUGCCCCUUUCUGGCUCCUCAAUGUGCUCUUCCCCCCGCACACCACGCCCAAGGCUGAGCUCAGUAACCACACACGGCCUGUCAUCCUCGUGCCUGGCUGCCUGGGGAAUCAGCUAGAAGCCAAGCUGGAUAAGCCGGAUGUGGUGAACUGGAUGUGCUACCGCAAGACAGAGGACUUCUUUACCAUCUGGCUGGAUCUCAAUAUGUUUCUACCCCUUGGGGUAGACUGCUGGAUUGAUAACACCAGGGUUGUCUAUAACCGCAGCUCUGGGCGUGUGUCCAAUGCCCCUGGUGUACAGAUCCGUGUCCCUGGCUUUGGCAAGACCUACUCUGUUGAGUACUUGGAUAACAACAAGCUAGCAGGCUACAUGCACACACUGGUGCAGAAUCUGGUCAACAAUGGGUACGUGCGGGAUGAGACAGUGCGCGCUGCCCCCUAUGACUGGCGUCUGGAGCCCAGCCAGCAGGAUGAGUACUACCAGAAGCUAGCAGGGCUGGUGGAGGAGAUGCACGCUGCUUAUGGGAAGCCCGUCUUCCUCAUUGGCCACAGCCUUGGCUGCCUGCACUUGCUCUAUUUCUUGCUGCGUCAGCCUCAGUCCUGGAAGGACCGCUUCAUCGAUGGCUUCAUCUCUCUUGGGGCUCCCUGGGGUGGCUCUAUCAAGCCCAUGCUGGUCUUGGCCUCAGGUGACAACCAGGGCAUCCCGAUUAUGUCCAGUAUCAAGCUGAGAGAGGAGCAGCGCAUAACGACGACUUCCCCCUGGAUGUUUCCCUCCCGCCAGGUGUGGCCUGAGGACCAUGUGUUCAUUUCCACGCCAAGCUUCAACUACACAGGCCAUGACUUUCAGCGCUUCUUUACGGACCUUCACUUUGAGGAAGGCUGGUACAUGUGGCUACAGUCACGUGACCUGCUGGCAGGGCUCCCGGCACCUGGCGUAGAAGUAUAUUGUCUGUAUGGCGUGGGCCUGCCCACACCCCGCACCUACAUCUAUGACCACAGCUUCCCCUACAAAGACCCUGUGGCUGCGCUCUACGAGGACGGUGAUGACACAGUAGCCACACGCAGCAUGGAGCUCUGUGGCCAGUGGCAGGGCCGCCAGUCACAACCUGUACAUCUGCUGCCCCUGAAUGGGACACAGCACCUCAACAUGGUCUUCAGCAAUAAGACACUGGAGCACAUCAAUGCCAUCUUGCUGGGUGCCUACCGCCAUGGCACCUCUGUGCCCCCAGCUGCCAGCCCAGUGACCCUGCCCCCUGAAUAAAUACCUUUUUGUUUUGAUUCUA